AUGAGCCCUGGGCUUCCCCCACGAAACAAGACUUGGAACUUGACCAAGAAUUCUUUCCUCUCUGGAAUGCCUGCGCAGGAAACGGUCGAUACGGGCUUAGAGAAUUGCCGCUUUGUGAUUCACUGCUUGACUGUCUCCUUUGUGAAAGUUCAGAGCGUGGUCCCUGAGAGCAGGCACACUCAUGGUGGACUCAGCUGCCGCCGGAUGGAGGGGGCACACAAAAGCUGCGUGCCAAGAAGAAAUGGGCGAGGCUGGGAUGCGGUGGAAGGCGGCGGGGGCGAGGCUCUGGGCUGGGGCGGGGCGCCGGAGGAGGCAUCCACAGGGGAAGCUAAGGGCUGCCUGCCCAGGGCUUGGGGCAUCACAGUGCCAGCAUCUCUCCAAAAAGAGCAGCAGAAUGUGCCUUGCCGAGGAAUAGCUUCACAAUGGGAAUCAAAUUCUUGCCACACCAUUUUAAGUUCUUCUGGCUGGACAGUCUGUCCAUCAGGAGGCGGCCCAUUUUACAUUUUCAAGGGGGACUCCUGGGCCUUGAGAGACCCCAGGUGUGGCUGCCUCCGGUUGAUUCAUCAGUCUGCAUCACUCGGGGGCCUCACAGUGGAAGACAUCCAGAAAGCCAGGGCGUGUCGGCCAAAAACUGACCUGGAGAGCCAGGGUAAAGCGAGGCAGAAGCUUAGCGAGAGAGCUCGGGAGAGGAAGGUGCCAGUUACACGAGUGGGACGCCUUGCAAACUUUGGGGGUUUGGCGGUGGGGCUGGGCCUGGGGGCCUUGGCCGAAGUGGCGAGGAAUUCCCUGAAUGGAGAGCCAAAGCCCAAAAAUGGGGGUGCCCUGCUGGACUCCAACCCCUUCCUGUCUGAGGCUAACGCCGAGCGGAUCGUCGACACCCUUUGCAAGAUGCGGGGCGCAGCCCUCAAGAUUGGCCAGAUGCUCAGUAUUCAAGACAACAGCUUCCUGAGCCCUGAGCUGCAGCAGAUCUUUGAGCGUGUCCGCCAGAGUGCAGACUUCAUGCCCCCUGCUCAGAUGAAGGGUGUCUUGGUUCAGGAGCUGGGCAGCAGCUGGCAGGAGAAAGUGGCCUCCUUCGAGGAGACACCGUUUGCCGCAGCCUCCAUCGGGCAGGUGCACCGGGGAGUGCUGCAGGACGGCAGAGAGGUGGCGCUAAAGAUCCAGUACCCUGGGAUUGCUCAGAGCAUCCGGAGUGACGUGGACAACUUCCUCUCGGUGCUCAAGAUGAGCAUGAUGCUGCCGGAAGGCCUCUUUGCAGACAAGACCCUGCAGGUGCUGCAGAAGGAGCUGGGAUGGGAAUGUGACUACCUGCGGGAAGCUGACUGCGCCCGGAAGUUCAGGCGGCUUCUGGCUGGAGACCCCUUCUUUGAGGUGCCAGCAGUGGUCGAUGAGCUGUCCACGAGGAGGGUCCUCUCGAUGGAGCUGGCGGGUGGCGUCCCGAUGGAUCAGUGCCAGACGCUCGACCAAGAGACCCGCAACGAGAUCUGCUCCCACGUCCUCCGCCUUUGCCUGCGGGAGCUCUUUGAAUUCCGCUUCAUGCAGACCGAUCCAAACUGGUCCAACUUUUUCUACGACCCCAAGAGACACAAGGUGACGCUGCUGGACUUCGGGGCCAGCCGAGGUUUCGGCAAGGAGUUCACUGACCAUUACAUUGAGGUGGUGAGGGCGGCUGCCGACGGCGACAGGGCCAAAGUCCUCCAGAAAUCCAAGGACCUCAAGUUCAUGACGGGGUUUGAGGCCAAGGUGUUCGAGGAGGCACACGUGGAGGCAGUGAUGAUCCUGGGCGAGGCCUUCUCUGCUGCAGGCCCCUUUGACUUCCGCACCCAGAACACCACCCGCUGCAUCCAGGAGCUCAUCCCCACGAUGCUGAAGCAUCGCCUGUGCUCCCCGCCGGAAGAGAGCUACUCCCUGCACCGCAAGAUGGCAGGCUCCUUCCUCAUCUGUGCCCGCCUGGGCGCAGUCAUUCCCUGCCGGGAGAUGUUCGAGGAAGCCUAUGCCCAGUAUGUGGCCCGGGAACAGGAUGUGGUGGUGGCAGAGGGAGUGUAGCGCAAAGGAGCGGCACGGGCCAGGAGCCUCUGCGGGUGGAGUCCCUCCUUUCUGACACUCGGCUGGGCAGCCUGCAUGAGGACCCCCGGAAUUUCUUGGGCAGAAUCGGCUUAGCAGCUGCCUCCUCCCCAGUGCUGCUCUGAAGGAACGGACAUUGCAUUGGUGCCUUGAGUUUUGCCGUCUCUGCUCCUCCCUGGCAGUGCUGGCCCCUGCCACCUGCGCUUCUGGGCAUCCAAGCUUCAAAGGGCCAGUCUCCCCCCCUCCCCAGUCUUCUUGCCACUUGGGGGAACCGUGCAGCAAUGCAGAAGGGACUAUGGAAGGCCCUCUCUGAGCCCCUUGUGGGCUGGGCCUCUGGCGUGUCUCCUGCCUCUCACUGCCAGGCAAUGGGUGCUGCCAGAGGGGCAAUGUGGCUGCAGUGUUGGACUAGACCAGCCUCCCCUGCCCUGGCUGCCAUCUGCCCGCUUCAGCACUUGGCCUGUCUGUAUGCCGUGCUGGUAGGAAAGGACAGUGUUGGCAGCAGAUGGGCAGAGGCAGAGGGCAAAGGACAGAGGUGGGCUUUGGGGAGGGCUAGCAGUGAAGUGAAGAACAGCAGCCAAAGCCUGCCUGGGCUAGUUGGGGGCUGUGGGGGGUCUUGCCUGUCCACAUCCACCCCGUCCUUCACUUGGAAGGCAGAGAGCCUUGCUUGGGAGCUUCUGUCCCCUCUCCCCUCCUCUCUCCUCCUCCCCUGUUUUUAAACCUGGUUGGGGGGAGAACCAGAACGAAGCCCUGGGGCUGAGACCUCAGUCUGCCCUUUUCCAGCCCCUGCAGAGAGAGAGGGCUGCCUGUUCCGGCAGACUUGGCGGUGUCCCCCGUUCUGCUGCAGUUGUUCUCUAAAUGGGGUGGGGCUGAUAGUGGGAGAAGAGGGGAAGGAGUCAGUGGCAGUUUGAAAUGUUUACAGGAGGGGGGUGUUUUAUUCACUGGAUUUGUGGCCCCGUUUUAUCCUAGAUGUGGAAGAGUGUCUGAAUCAGCCAUAUUAAAGUUCCGCCAACCUCUGUG